UUGUUCUCCAGAGCGCAGAGCGCGCGGUCGGUGCGUAAAGACAGUUUAGCCACAAAAUGUGCACACUGCCCCCUUUCACGUGCCCACAGGCGCUGCUGCUCCAUUUAUCUGUGGAAAGAAUCUCGCUGAGAGACAGAAUCUAUUUUUAAACACCCACCCCACCAUAACACCUCGAUGCCCGGAAGACAUGGACCCUCUCUACAACUCCAGCGACUGUAACGGGACCGCCGCCACCACCACCGUCCCCGUUAACAACUGCAGCGACGACUUCAACCAGUUCGUGCAGCCGGUGUGGCAGAUCACACUGUGGGCUGUGGUUUACUGCAGCAUAGUGGCGGUUUCCGUGGUCGGGAACACGGUGGUGAUCUGGAUUAUCCUGGCGCACAAGCGCAUGAGGACCGUCACCAAUUACUUUCUGGUGAACCUGGCCUUUGCAGAAGCUGCCAUGUCUGCAUUCAACACAGUGAUCAACUUCGCCUACGCUGUCCAUAACGAGUGGUACUUUGGUUUGGUUUACUGCAGCUUCCACAACUUCUUCCCCAUUGCGGCCAUAUUUGCCAGCAUUUACUCCAUGACAGCCAUCGCUCUAGACAGAUACGUGGCCAUCAUCCACCCCCUGCGGCAGAGGUUAUCUUCCAUGAAGACGCGUGUGGUGAUUGGUGUGAUCUGGAUGCUGGCUCUGCUUCUGGCCUUCCCUCAGUACUACUACUCAUCUAUGGCCCUGUUGCCUGGACGCACAGUGUGCUACAUAGACUGGCCUGAAUACACCACCGUAGACUUCAAGAAGAUCUACUACGUGUGUGUGACACUGCUCAUCUACUUCCUUCCCCUUUGCAUCAUGGGAUCUGCAUACACGGUUGUGGGUGUCACCCUCUGGGCGAGCGAGAUUCCCGGAGACUCAUCUGAACACUACAAAGAACAGCUGUAUGCCAAACGCAAGGUGGUGAAGAUGAUGAUCGUGGUGGUGUGUACCUUUGCCGGCUGCUGGCUGCCCUAUCACAUCUACUUCCUCCUGCACCAGUUCUUCCCCGAUCUGUUUGAACAACGCUACAUCCAGCAGGUGUACCUGGCCGUCAUGUGGUUGGCCAUGAGCUCCACCAUGUACAACCCCAUCAUCUACUACUGCCUCAACAGCAGGUUCAGAGCAGGUUUCCAGCAGGCGUUUUGCUGCUGUGUCCCCACAAACGUCAAGGAGCAGCUGGAGCUCAAAUCACCACAUUACCUGCAAACACAGGGGAGCAUAUAUCGAGCCAGCCGGAUGGAGACGGUCGUCUCUGCCGCCGUCCACCCUCCCUCAGCAGAGCAAAAGAGGGUGGAGCUGCCGUCCUGUGCCCCUCCCACCCCGAGCCACCUGGAGGUCCCAUCCAACAGCUCCAGCUGUCCCCGUAGCCCCUCACAGUAGAGUCAGAGUGGCCGGCUACUGUGUGGAGACACUGUGCCAGUGAAAGCUGGCGUUAUGAGGGACAGUUGUGCUCACAUCGUGUCCACGUCCACUGUUGAGCUGAGAUAUUCUGUUUAAUACCUGAUGGACGUCGUGUUGUUGUGACGCUGCAGAGGCACAAACAGCUCAAACUCUGGUCCAUUCAGCAGGAGAGCGACGCCCACACUCCGCCCCCCCCGCCCACAUUCUCCACUGCUUUUGGACAGCGUGACUCUCAGGCUCCCAUGGCAACAGUGCCACAUUGAGAUGAGCUUGUGAUGCCAUGUGUGUGUAGA